AUGAAGAAAUUUUUGGGCCUGAUCAUUCUCAUGGGACAAGUAAAGAAGGACGUUCUCUACGAUUAUUGGUCUACAGACCCAUCUAUAGAAACGCCGUUCUUCUCGAAGGUUAUGAGCAGGAACAGAUUUUUACAAAUAAUGCAAAGUUGGCAUUUUUAUAAUAAUAACGAUAUUUCUCCCAAUUCGCAUAGGCUGGUGAAGAUUCAGCCUGUCAUUGAUUAUUUCAAGGAAAAAUUUAACAACGUAUAUAAAUCAGAUCAACAACUGUCUCUAGAUGAAUGUUUAAUUCCGUGGAGAGGUAGACUGUCAAUUAAAACAUAUAAUCCGGCAAAAAUUACAAAAUAUGGGAUACUGGUUAGAGUGCUGUCUGAAGCUCGUACGGGAUACGUAUCCAAUUUUUGUGUGUAUGCCGCUGAUGGAAAAAAAAUAGAAGAAACAGUGUUAUCGGUCAUUGGACCGUAUAAGAACAUGUGGCACCAUGUAUAUCAAGAUAAUUAUUAUAACAGUGUCAACAUAGCUAAGAUUUUUUUAAAAAAUAAAUUGCGAGUGUGCGGGACGAUCCGAAAGAACAGAAGUCUUCCUCAAAUACUUCAAACUGUCAAGCUUUCAAGAGGCCAACAUCAAUUUCUUAGAAAUGGCCAUACUUUAUUAGAAGUAUGGAAUAAUGGCAAAAGGAAUGUAAACAUGAUAUCGACAAUACAUUCAGCACAAAUGGCGGAAUCUAGAAACAGAAGCAGGACAUCAGAUUGCCCCAUACAGAAGCCUAUCUCAAUAAUAGAUUAUAAUAAAUAUAUGAAGGGCGUAGAUCGCGCAGAUCAAUAUCUGUCCUAUUACUCCAUUUUUAGGAAAACAAAAAAAUGGACGAAACGCGUCGUAAUGUUCUUCAUCAAUUGUGCACUUUUUAACUCCUUUAAAGUAUAUACAACUCUGAACGGACAGAAGAUUACAUAUAAAAAUUUUCUGCACAAAGCGGCACUUUCAUUGAUAGAAGACUGCGGAACUGAAGAACAAGGUACGGAUCUACCUAAUUCCGAACCCACAACCACAAGAACCACAUCCCGAGUUGAUCAUCCUGGAAGACUGGAAAAUUUCGGAAAACAUAAACUAGUAAAUAUAGUGACCAGCGGUCAAUGUAAAAAACCUCUACGACAAUGCAGAGUUUGUGCAAGUAAAAAAAAGCUAAGUAGAACAGGUUUCGCUUGUAAAUACUGCAACGUCCCACUACACAAAGGUGACUGUUUCGAGCGCUAUCAUAGUUUAAAAAAAUAUUAA